AGCUCAGCCAGACUGAAUGGACAUGCUCACACACAAAUCAGGGCUUUCCAACUCCGGUCUCCUCGGAAGCUGCUGUGUGAAAACCUCUAGAUGCUUCGCUGCUCCGGUGCUUAAUUGAUUACUGCGGAGGCUUGAUAAUGAGUCAGUCAUUUUGAUUCAGGUUUGAGUUGACGCUGGCCGUUGCUGAGCAGGAUGAUUGAUGUGCGAGCAUGGGCAGAGUAUGUUGUGGAGUGGGCUGCCAAAGACCCCUACGGUUUCCUCACCACCGUCAUAUUGGCUCUGACCCCUCUGUUCAUCGCCAGCGCGCUGCUGUCCUGGAAACUGGCCAAGAUGAUCGAGGCACGUGACCGCGAACAAAAGAGAAAGCAGAAGCGUCAGGAAAACAUAAACAAGGCCAAGAGGAAGAAAGACUGAAGGCGCUGGAGGAACGGGGGGUCUUGAUGGGGGCGGCGUGAAGGAAGCGAGAGAGCUCAACCCCAGCCCUGCUGUCAACACCGGGCUGCUAUGCCUCAUGUCCAAGAGGAAGGACGCUGGCCCCUUGAACUUGACAGUGG